GGAAUCGUCGGGCAACCCGACGAUCAGUGCUACCAUAGGUAGAUACUCUGUGGGUUUGCGACAUGGGCUGCUCCAGCAGCACUUCAGCAGACUAUGAGGCAAAAGUGCAGGGCCAUAUGGUUGAACCCGAGGCGGGCGAAGCCCAGCUCUACAAGCAGGGCAGUUCCGUCUCGACCGACAAGUCAUCCCUGAACAAGCAGAGGAGUUCUCUUUCCACGACCAUCUCCGAGGACAAGUCAUCCCUGAACAAGCAGAGGAGUUCUCUUUCCACGGCCAUGUCCGAGGACACCAAGUCAUCGCUUCGGAAUCAGAGAAGCUCGCUGACCACGGUGCGCAACGAGGAUCCAAUGCCGCGGCGUGUCUCGUGGGAUUCUGAGGUGAAUGUGGAGGAGUUCGUGAUGCACGAGAAGAGCAUCGGACAGGAACUGGACCCCGAGAUGCGCUUGGGGCUAAGAUCUUCCAAGACCCGUCGCGGCGGCUCCAAGGACUCCGGCACCUCUCCGACCUCUCCGACCUCUCCGACCUCUCCGACUCCUCCGACUCCUCCGACCGGCUCAACCCUGACGAGCGCAUUUUUUUGAAACGAGGCAAUAGAAGCAUAUCGCAGCGGAGCUUCAUUGUCUUUGCAGGGUUGGGAGGCGUUGAUCGAUGGAAUCCGAUGGAUCGGACCGAAACGCCUUCAUGUUCGGGGCGCAGCAAGGGCUGCGAAGCUCCGGGCGCCGUUUAUUUACCAAACAUGUAAAUGAAAGAACGGUGCCCUUUGAUCCAUCGAGAAGCCUUUUCGUUAUGGGUCUAAACCAGGCAAGGGCUGAGUUUGGGCGGAGACUGCUGGCAAGUCGCACGGAGGGUCUGGACGAAAAACAAAUGGUUCAGUGG